UCCCCGCACCCGUCGGAUUUAUAUUAUUUUUGAAAUGAAAUAAAGUUGUCAUUUAAUAAAUGUUAAAUUACGUUAGCGGCUCAGGGUUUCUAGAGAUUGUAACGGACUCCUAUACGACGUCAAUAAGUCCAUCAAUCAAUAAUGACUUUUCCAUCUCAUGCUGUUUUUGUAAACAAUGUUUUAUUUAGUCCUUUUUGCGUCUCAUUAGCGUCUUCUUACCUCGUAAGACGAAAUAAAAACAGGCUUGUGAUUCAGCUUUCCAAUUCCUCUCAACAGGAUAUCACUCUGAAAAGAAAAGCACUGAGAGCACUAAAUCAAAUAUGACUGGGAUACUGUAUGCGUGCCUGAAACCUAGUUUCCGCUGAUAACAAGAGAUGUCAGUGUUGAGCAGAAACACACAACACUCAUAGUUUAGAGCCUUUCUACCAGCAAAAGCUCUCCAGAACAACUGCGCUCGUGCCUCCAGCUUUACUUGAUUCUCCAUCAGUCCUUUUCUAGAAGAGUCAGGAUCUUUUGAGGAGAACCUCCAAAACUUUAUUUCUCCAGCUCUCCAUCAGACAUCUCAUUUUAUAAUCAGUAUCUGAUUCCCAGUACGACUGAUGGCUUGUCUGUGUUCUGAUUGAACUUGUUCCCAUGAGUCUUUGCAGCAGAAGCGGUUUCCUCGUUCUUCUCUCCUCUGAAGAACAUGCAGCAUUGUGCCGAGGCUCCGGUCGAGGGGCGGAGUGUGUGUGUGUGUGUGUGUGUGUGUCUAGAGUUACACGCCUCAUCUGUCCAGAGGCGUGUGGGUGGAGAGACUCAAAUCCGUGUGUGUUCUGCGUUCAGACGCUCACAGAGAAGGAGAAGAUGUCUACCAGCGCUCGGCUGACUUUCUGAAGGCAUGCGGACGGAGAGAAGAAGCACGGAAGUCAACAAAACCAACACGGAGAGCAGAAGAUCGAGGAGCGCUGCGUGAAAGAGCGUGUGUGUGUGUGUGUGUGUGUCGCGUCACACACAGAUGGAAGGCUGAGAUGAGCCGUCUGCGCAGCUGCAGGACGAGGACGAGUGUGUGCGGCCUGCUGCUGUCGCUCAUCUGCGUCUGCGCUCACGUCUACGUGCUGCGUCUGCACAAACACGGCCAGCGGCGCAGGACCGUCGCCACGGCAACAGAUGCUGGGUCCACCUGCUGCUCGGCGCUGAAGCAUCCCAGACGGAUCUCUAGAUGGAAGAUCUCUCUGGAGCCGUGGGCCGCUGAGACUCGAGGUUUCCAGGAGGAGGCGGAUCGGUUCCUCAGAUACAUCUCCACUCCGCAGCUGUCCUGCCGGAGACCCGAGUCUGUGCCGCCCGUCUCUGACGCAGAGCAUCAUGGGUCGUGGGUGCUGUGUUUAGACCCCAGGUUUAGUCUGGCGCAGCGGAUCUUGUCCAAACACUGCCGAGUCUAUUCGCUCAGGCUGGGAGCGGAGGACGAUGCUCUGGAGCGGUCUCUGUCCGUCUCUGGCUGUGAGGUUCACUGUUUUGACCCCAGCAUCAGACGAGCUCACCUGCAGGAUCAUAACAUGUGGCUCCACCGGCUCUCUGUGGACUGGAGGGACCCCAACCCCGCCGUCCCCGUCCAGAGACUCCACAGGGGCUCCAAGAAGCUCUCCGCCAUCCUCAGACACUUCGGACACACACAGCUGGACGUGCUGAAGGUGGACCUGGAGAGCGCCGAGUGGAAGAUCCUGGAGAACCUGGUCCUGGAGCAGGUGUGUACUAGCGGGCUGCUGCUGCUGGAGCAAGUACAUCUGCAGUGGGUGGACCUGGCCUCUUCCUGCACAGAGCCCUGGGGAACACCAGCAGCUCGUUCACUGCUGCUGCUGGAGCUCAACACCCGCAGUCACGCCCCAAACAUGACCUCGGUGGUGCGCUAUUGGUUCAGUCUGCUGAGGGAGCUGGAGCACGCCCAUAUCUGGAUGAUCACAUUUACAGAGGCUUUCAUCCAAAACAACUUCUAA